AUGACGCCGCCCGCUGGUGCGAGUUUCGCCCAGUUCUUCCCCGCCGCGCCACGAGCUGCUAGGGACAGGGCUACAGAACGCGAGAAGGCGAGGGAAAGGACGCAGGAAUCUCCACCUACCCAUCUAGAUGAUUCACACAGCUAUCACUCACCCCUCGACAACUCGGUUUCCUCUCGCAAUGGCGAUGGGCCUGGCUCAGGCUUCCCAUCAGCUUCUCGCUUGAACGGCAACAACGAUUUCCAUGUGGCGCAUCCUCUACCCGACGACACCGAGUCGCUCGCCGGAGAUACAUCCAAUGCCAUUGGAUCGGCCAGUCCUCAUACCAGUGCAAGCUCCUCAGUAUUCAGCGGCGCUACGCGACUUGGCGCCCCCGGCGCCUUAAAACGGACAAAUAAUCAACUGACACCUCCUACCGCCAUCGCGUCACCCUCCUCCUACAUAUCUACGACCACACAUCACAACAAAAUGCCUCCAACCGCUUCUCGACAUACCGACGGAAUAGACGGUUUUGGCUCGAUGCUCAACGCAUCCGUCCGUGACACCCCGGCUAUCGAACGCCUCCCUGCACGCGACCCCGCUCGCCCGAUUCAAUGCGUUAAGCGUACAUAUGACCCUCUUGUUGAUACCUCUCUUUCGAGUUCCGAAAAGAAAAAGGCGAAACCAAUAUACAAGGAGUUUGGCUUGAACAAUGAAGACGACGCUUCCCCCCCAGACCCACGCCUUGCAAAAGGUGGGAGGCUCAACUACAUCAAUGUCGACUUCCACCUCCCGAAAGCCCGUUUGCGUCAUGCGCCGUACAACCUGAAGCCGUACAAGUAUGACCCAAAGACGUCUUGCGGCCCCGGACCGCCGACCCAGAUUGUGGUCAUCGGUUUCAAUCCUUUGAUCGCUUUCUCCAAGGUCACAGCUGUCUUUGCUUCAUUCGGCGACAUUGUCGAGAGCAGCAAUAAAAUGCACCCAGACACAGGGAGCUACUUGGGUUUUGCUACCUUUCGAUAUCGAGACAGCAAGCCAAGCCGCUCGCGCCCGAUUCCAAUUCCCGCGACCGAAGCAGCCAAGCGGGCCAUCAGGGCGAUGCAUGGGAAGCGGAUUGAGGCAAGCGCAGUCCGAGUCGAAUAUGACGCUGAGGGUAGGAAAAGCUCCCGCAUGCUAGAGGAUGUGCUUAAGAAGGGAAACGAAGAGCCACAAGCGGCAGCGGACGCGAAGAUUCCGACCGGCCCAAAGCCGAAAGAAAUCAUUCCUGGUCCUCCCCCAACUGCCCCCAAAGGGCCAGCGGCGCAUCGGGCCGGGGUAGUGAGCGCCCAAGGCGCAUGGGUACCGAAGCCUCGGCCGGACUCGAUCAUCGAAACAGAACCCAUCUCGCCACAGCUGAAGCACGACCCUUACCUCUUCGUUGGCCAUGAACAUGUGCCCGUCAUGCCCACCACCGUCGCCCACAUGAAGCGACGUCUCAAAACAUACAUGUUCGAGGACGUCCGGGCCGACCGGUCCGGUUACUACAUCGUCUUCCGGGAUUCAGGACACGGGCGUGCUGAGACUGAGCGGUGUUUUCGGUCUGCAAACCAAACCGCCUUCUUCACCUACACCAUGGUCAUGGACAUGCAUCUGUACGGAACGGAAGGCAAAAUACCACAUACGCCCGACACCAGGCGCCGCAGCCGUACGCCGGAACAUCGGCGUCCUCACGAUGAUGCCCGAUCACACCGGGAAAAUGGCCGAAGUCGGCGCGACGACGAGCGGAUCAAGCGCGAGGAACACGAUCGCCGUCGACGAGAGGAAGAAGCCGACCUGGAGGAAGAGAAACGGCAGAGGGCUAAGAACUACGACCCUGUUCUCGAGGCCAGGGACGUGGUGUUACGGGAGAUGAAGGAGCAGCUAAUCAAGCACAUCCGCACCAAAAUUGCGGCACCCGCGCUGUUUGGCUUUCUCGACCCCGUUAACCAUGCGGCGAAGCGACGCAAGCUCAAUAUUGAGGAUCCUGUUAGCACAAGGCUGGCUCCAAUUCGGCCCGAAGAGUUUGAAGACAAGUCCCCGGUCGGCACACCCAACUCGAGGGCGGAUCCCAUCGAGCGCCGGACCGCCCGCCUCGACGUAUCCGCGUUACCUCGUAUUCGGAAGGUGAAGAACGCUGGGCUGAACACGCGCAAGCAUGGCUUCAACGACCCGUUCGCACGCAGCCGCCCGGUUGCCAGGCGUACUGCUUUCCGAUCUCUCCACUACCGGCUGCAAAGCGACAGCGAGGGCGAGUCUGAAGACGAAGCUGAUAACCGGAUGUCGCUCGGCCGUGACACAGAGGAACCCGAGUCUCGCCCUCGCAGCCGGAUGAGUACGGAUGAGGAUGUGGAUAAGGAUGAUUAUGCAUCAUGGGGCCCUGGCGAGGACGAUUCCAUGACUGAGGCUAGCUUUGCACUGGGCGACGGCUCGACGGUGCAGAAGAAGCGAAAGUUAGACCUCCAGGUGGAAACCGCAAUCAAACGACAAAAGAAGACGGACGAAGAGCUUUUCGGCGUGACUAUUAAUCGCAUUGAAACAUCAGAGUUUCCGUCGAGGGAACCUUCGCCAGACGACAUUCUCCUUCCUGAUGCAACAGCCGGUGAGGAGAAGGACUCAGACAGCUCCCGGUUACCGACACCUCUGCCUCAAGAUGGUAAGACCAAGAAGAAGGCGCCUGGCAAGACAAAGAAGAAGUCUAAGAAGCAACUCUUUGAAGAGAGGGAGGCCCUCAAGCGUCAGCAGCAGGAGAUAUUUGAGAAGGAAGCCCUACAGCCAGAAGAAGUGGACGAGGCCAAACCGACACCUGAACCAGCGGCCGAGUCGAAGAGGACCAAAGUGGCGCGGGAAGAGAAACCAGAGCUGGAUCAGAAUCUGUAUCCACCAGAAAAGGUGUCCGUUCUUGACCUCCCUCGUGAUUUCCGCUUCGAUGUGGCGGCCUUGGAGGCGCUGGCGCUUGGGUCCAACGAUCAGCCCGACAUGGAACAACUCCGCAAGAAGUUCGGUCGCGCCAAGAUCGACGAUCCUGAACUAUGGCUAUGGAAGCGGGAUCGCAUCCGUCAACUCAACUCGGCGGAUGGGACGGCGAAAACCCCUGUGCGCAUCGAGGGUUACUACGUCCCGAACUCAGCAGGGUGUGCGAGGGCCGAAGGGGUCAAGAAGAUUCUCAACUCCGAGAAGUCCAAAUAUCUGCCUCACCACAUCAAAGUCAAGAAGGCCAGGGAGGAGCGGCAGGCGCAGAACGGCAAGAAUGCCAAAGACUCGGUGCUUGCGGCUGCUGAAGCGGCCAGGCUCGCAGCAGAUAGUCUCGUCGCCAAGGGCAACUCCCGUGCCAACCGAGCCAACAACCGCCGGUUUGUUGCUGACCUCAACGACCAGCGCAAGACUCUGGGGCAAGACUCGGACGUGUUGCGAUUCAACCAGCUGAAGAAACGGAAGAAGCCGGUCAAGUUCGCACGGUCGGCCAUCCACAACUGGGGUUUGUACGCGAUGGAGAACAUCCCCAAGGACGACAUGAUCAUAGAGUACGUGGGCGAGGAGGUACGGCAGCAGAUUGCGGAGCUACGCGAGAACCGGUACCUCAAAAGCGGAAUUGGUAGUAGCUACCUGUUCCGGAUCGACGAGAAUACGGUCAUCGACGCGACCAAGAAGGGCGGCAUCGCGCGGUUUAUCAACCACAGUUGCAUGCCUAACUGCACAGCCAAGAUUAUCAAGGUGGAGGGUAGCAAGCGGAUUGUUAUUUAUGCUCUCCGGGACAUUGCACAGAAUGAGGAGUUGACCUACGACUACAAGUUCGAGCGCGAGCUAGGCAGCACCGAUCGCAUCCCCUGUCUAUGCGGGACUGCCGCUUGCAAGGGAUUCCUCAACUGA